UAUGUUGCAAGCUAGCCAUUAUCUGAGCUAGUCUUUCUUCUGAUGGCCGUGAAAUUUCCUCUGGAGCUAUAUUUCUUCUCCAUGUAACUUCUUGUUUCAGCUUGCAACUCUCGUGAUCGAUAGAUGGUCAAAAAGUCUACAACGAAGAUGUUUGUUUUCCGUAGCCGUGCCAAAUUGUCUAUCUUAAUCUCCGCCGUCACGCUCGCUGCCGUGAUCCUUAUGAUCUACAGUACAGACAGUAUCAACUACGAGAUUUCCGCAUGGUCUCUUGCGUUUGAUGAUCGCAGAGAAAUUCCCAAGGUGUUACGUGAUCACGAAAGAACUGAUCAUGGACGGUUGAGAUCAAGUGUCGGUCACGUACAUGUAGAGCUGCGUUCCAUGCAAGAAGAGAGUGAUCAUGAUCAUGAUCAUGAAGUUGCCGAUGAGAAUUGGAAUCUUCUAGUUCCUCCCGUCAAUGUCGGAGAAGGAGAAAGAAUUGCUUGGUUGCGGCAAAAGCUGCCGAAGUUUGAGAUAUUCAAGUCAAACAACAUUACACGGCUGUUUCACGGUCGGGUUCUGGAGUUUUUCAACCGCGACUGCGAGGUUCGGUUCUUCAUGACGUGGAUUUCACCUGCGGGGUCGUUCGGACGGAGAGAGUUCUUGGCGAUGGAGAGCCUUUUCAAGGCUCACCCACGUGGGUGUUUAAUGAUUCUCUCGAGAAGUAUGGACUCUAGACGAGGGAACAGGAUCAUGAAACCGUUACAUGACAGAGGGUUCAAAGUCAAAGCCGUGACUCCGGACUUGCCAUUUCUGUUCAAGAACACGCCGGCAGAAGCUUGGUUUAACGAGAUGAAGAGAGGGAAGAAGGAUCCUGGUGAGAUCCCAUUAGCCCAGAAUCUAUCUAAUUUGUUGAGGCUUGCAGUUCUGUACAAGUAUGGAGGUGUUUACAUGGAUACAGAUUUUAUACUUUUAAAGCCUUUGUCGGGGAUGAGGAACUCAAUCGGAGCACAGAGCAUGGAUAUGGAGUCGAAGAGCUGGACGAGGUUAAACAAUGCAGUUCUUGUCUUUGACAUGAAUUAUCCGCUUCUGCUCAGAUUCAUGGAGGAAUUUGCGAGGACUUUUGAUGGAAACAAGUGGGGUCAUAACGGUCCAUAUCUGGUUUCCAGGGUGGUUGAGAGAGUAGGAAAGAGACCUGGUUAUCACUUCGCCGUCUUGCCGCCGAUGGCCUUCUACCCGGUGGAUUGGAAUAAGAUCGGCAGGCUUUUCAAGAAGCCGAAAAACCGGGCAGAGUCAAGAUGGGUGAGCGCCAAGCUGCUUCAGCUAAGCGGGGAGACUUAUGGGAUACACCUCUGGAACAGGCAAACAAGCAGAUUAAUAAUCGAAGAGGGAAGCGUCAUGGGAAGAUUAAUCUCAGAUCACUGUGUCAUUUGCAAACAGAUAUACAGUUCUUGAUCAAAAUUAAGUUCUAAACUUCUUCAAUUUUCUUGGUUGGUAUA